AUGGCCGAGCCACCGUCUUCGCCGCCCAAUCCCGACGCGACCCCCGAGGAGUCGCUCGCGUGGUACAAGAGUCAGUAUGAGCAGCUUGCGCUGGAGCUGGCCGACUUUCGAGAGUCCAGCCACGAGUUAGAGGCCGAGCUCGAGAAAGACCUCGAGGCAGCUGAUAAGCGCGAGCGCACGCUGCAACAGAGGGCGGAGGGGCUGCAGUUCGAGGCCGACGAGUGGAAGGAGAAAUGCAAAAAGGCCAAGAUCGAGGCAAACGCGGCGCAGAACGCAUUGGAGAAGGAGAUUACGACCCUCCGCGACAGCAACCGCACCCUGCAACUCAAACUACGCGACAUCGAGGUGGCCAACGAUGACUUCGAGCGCCAGGCCCGCAACACUACGUCGUCCCUCGAGGACAUGGAGUCCAAGUACAAUAUGGCCCUCGAGCGCAGUGUCAUGAUGGAGGAGGAGAUCAAGAUCGGCGAACAGGAGCGUGAGCAGCUGCGCAUCGAGUCCCAGCGCCUGCGCGAGGAGCUCAGCGACCUUAAGAUCGAGGCCGAGAUUCUGCAGGACAAGAUCAAGAAGGCCGAGAGCCGCAACCUGCACGUAUCCACCAUCUCCACUGACUUGAGCGUGUCCAACCCCGAAUCGCCCAGCUUUGAGAACUCGCCGCGCUCGACGGCUAGCAGCCCCAUGAUCAGUACGCCACCCGACGAUGUGGCCCUGCCGCCACCGAGAAAGGGCGUUCACGCCUCUGACGAGCCACCAUCACCGCCCAUGUCCGACGCAUCAACCACGCUGCCGAAACCGGCCGGCAGGCUCCGAACACCCGCGCCUUCGGCGUCCAAGAGAUCCCGCCUCCCAUCCCCCGCCGACAAGAGUGUGACGCCCAGACCGCGUACUUCCACCCAACAAUCUUUCUCGUCGUCCACCUCCAUGCGUCCCCCACCUCGAGCACGCGCCGCCACCCAGACCCGUACUCCGGCACCGACUCGGACCACAACCACAAAUGCACGUGCCAUAUCACACAAGAUCCCGCCUUCUACAUCUCUCACCCACAUCCGUAGUCUCACGGCACAAAUGCAACGCCUCGAAGCUCGCGUCCAAUCUGCGCGCUCCAAGCUGCCCGCCCCCGUCAACACACCACCACGUGCCUCCCCGCGCUCGUCCGUCCUCGGUGGCGGAGCUAUGCCCGCCAAUGUCACGAUUCGAAGUCGAAAACGUACCGUGGGGUCUUCGACCUCCUCGGCCGUCGCCGAAGAUACGCCCAUGCAGAACACAGGGAGGGAGAGCAAGCAAAGCCACGUCCCCCGACUUAGUACUUCGGGUGUGUCAAGGCUAUCCUUCGGGCCUCUACCCAAUAGGAACGGCACAUACGAUCCGGAUUCGAGCUCAGCAGUCAUCUCUCGUCCUAGUAGUCGAGCUAGUGUGUCGUCUACCGCUGGACAUGGGACAUUUGCGAGACCGGAGGGACCGGCAUCACGCAGCGAAAUUGCAAGACCAAUGAGCAGGGCUUCGCUGACGGGCGCCAGGACUCCGCUGGGUAUCCGACCGCGGAGCAGUCUGGGUGGUGGCUUGAACUCUUCUGUGCAUGGUCACGGACACUCUCGAAGUAUCAGCAGCCGCAUCGAAUUCGACGAAACCGAAGAGGGCGAGUAUGGACGCACGCCAAGCAGAAGGAGUGCCUACAGAAAGUACGACCGCGAAGGCGACGGAGCUAGUGGCAUACCGAUGCCGGGCCGGCGACAGAGCGGCGAAGUGGGAGGCAGCUCAGGUCGAGCUUCGGCUACCCCUAGCAGGACAAGUGGUACCAGGAAGCUGGCA